AAAGGUCAUCUUCGUGUGGGUUGCAAUAUUUUUGAAAUUGAGUGCACUGCUAAAUAAGUUAUCUCCAGCAUUUCCUAGAAGCCUCCCAACAACCCUUGUUAAUUAAGGCUGAUAUAUCUUCAAUGCGUUUCAGAGGAUGAUGCUUCACAGGAAAUAAAAAUAAAAAUACAAAUUAAAAGAUUUGUGAUCGCGAAGUUUGUGCCGGCUAAGGAAUGGUGUGUGCAUAUAUAUGGGUACCCUAAGCAUUAAAAUAACCAAACUCAUAAACCAUGGCUCUGCAAGUUCUCUUAAAGUUUCAGUGUUUUGUCUUGUUACUGUGGAUAUACAUAGCAUCUGCUAAAUACCGAUCACUGGUUCCCAAGUAAUAACCAAGCCUGGUUGCCGAAGUCACUGCGGGAAUGUUAGCAUACCCUAUCCGUUCGGUAUUGGUCCUGGUUGUUUCUUAGACGAUUAUUUCGAAAUACGUUGCGAUGAGAGUCUCCUCAAUUCCACCAAGCCAGUUUAUGGCAAAAACUUAAAUAUCUCAAAUAUAUCAAUACUCGACGGAGAUAUGAUAACCGAAAUCUUCAUAGCCAGCGAUUGUCCAGAUAGGGAAUCUCCUAAUUUAUUCUCGACAGCUUACUUGGGAAAAUUCACCUUCUCUAAUACAAAAAACAGGUUCGUUGGUAUGGGUUGCAAUACCUGGGCGUAUCUAAAACCAGAUGGUAAUAGAUCUAUUAGUGCCGGAUGUUUGUCAGUCUGUGAUAAAAUAGAAGAUAGCACUGAUGGGUCUUGCAAUGGUGUCGGUUGUUGCCAGGCCUCCGUCCCAGCUGGACUUCAAAAUUUAAACUACAGUGUUGGAAGCAUGUCUAAUACCGUGGUGAUUGAAUGGACCGUUGGUUUCCAGACAUGCAAUGAAGCUAAAAGAAACUCGACGUUUUAUGCCUGUGGACCUAACACUGACUGUACAGUACCUGCAGGCGAUAGUACUCAAGGUUAUCGGUGUAACUGUAAAAAUGGCUAUAGAGGAAAUCCUUAUCUGAACAGCAGUACUGCUGGUGGAUGUCAAGGUAUCGAUGAAUGUAACGAGCUAGAGGUAUGUAAGGGAGAUAGAGGUAGUUGCAAAAACACAGAAGGAAGCUACAACUGUUCUUGCAACAAGGGAUAUAGUAUUGAUAUCAGAAAUAAUAUUACAGAUUGCUUUCUCGAGAGUCAGAGCGAUCUUCCCGAGAGUCGGAGUACUCAGAAUAAUAAUAACGUCAACAAGAUUGUUGUUGGGGCCUGCCUUAGCUUAUUUAUUCUACUUGUGAGUCUUGUGACUGGCUUCUGGAUAUAAUGGGGAUACAGGAAAAAAAAGCACAUGGAACUCAAGGAGGAAUUCUUCAAAAAAAUGGUGGUUUGAUUUUAAACCUAAAAAUGAAAUUGGUCAAAUUAAUUUGGUCUUGUUGGAAAGCUAAGUAAUCCCUCCUUAACCUAAAAAUGAUAGGAGAAAUUAUGGGGGUUUGUAGCUCUAUCAAAGAGUCUCUACAAAACAGGACAAAACAGGAUAUCACAGCACAUGUUCAUAAGUUUUCAGUUUUGAAAGUCCCUAAUAGAAAAUGCAUUAGGGGAUGGAAUUCAGCAAAUUUGGUCUCUUUAUAAAGCCUAGGAAACCCUCCUCAACAUAAAAAUGAUAAGCAAUAAUGAGUUUGAUAGGCUGAGAAUUUGAUUACAUUUUUUUCAGAAAUUUCAGGUUCUUUUCACAAACAUGUGAUGGGCUGAGAACUUGAUUGAAUUAAAAACCAUUCACAAUCUUCGGAAAUCAUUCUUACACAUUUAGAUUUACAGGCAAUUUAAUUCAAUUCAUUUAACAACCAUUUGAAAGCUGCAUCCUAUCUUAAUUGGACUAAAUUUCACGUGAUGGAAAAAACUCCCAGAACAUUGCACUCCCAAAUAAGUAAGCCUUUGAAUUGGGAUUUCUAGUCCACAAGCCUAUUUUAAUUUCUUUAUUCUCAACAUCAAAGAAAAGUUAAAGAAGAAGUAGUAAUUAAAUGGCACUAAAAUUCUAUCAGUAUUCCAAUAAUAAUCAUAUGUAGUUUGACUUCUAACUACAACAUCGACCUGUGUCUAUGCACUCUCAUUGGCGGUAACCUACUUCGAUGCUGUUAAGAAGCGAAUUCCUGGCAAUUUCACAAUGACUGAAUGAGAUUUAGUACUGUGGCAGUGUAAUAGGCUUAAACACGCUCAGUAUUAUCUUCUAGGUAUACCCAUCAGCGGGCUUAAUAAUCAAAGCCUUGGGCCAAAACAGUUCUAUCCUGUAGUUUGUUAUCGUUUGGGUAUACUGUUAUUUGCUGAACGUGCACAAUGUUCAAGAUGUAACAGGCGAAUGGAUAUAAAUGGAGAUCAUGCUUUGCAUUGGGCUAGUGAUGUUGGCCUCAAAUUCCGACAUGAUUUGGUUCGUGAUGUUCUUGCGGAUAUAUGUUACACGACGGGUGUGCCAGCACGCAAAGAAGUGGCGUUAGGUUUCUUGUCUGAUGAUGGUAGUGCUUUACUUCCAUUCGAUAUCCUAGUCUACAAUUAGGAAAGCAGUCAAGAUGUUUGUAUGGAUGUUACGGGAGUCUCGCCUUUCACAGGAGGUGGUGUGAGUGCCUUCACCCCUAGGCAGGCUAUUUCCAAGGCUGUGAUGCGUAAGCGCAACAAAUAUUUGGAAAAAUGUGUUGAACAUGGGUAUGGGCUCGAUGUGCUUGCUUUCACUAUCUUAGGUGACUUGGGCGAAGAUACAACGACCUUUUUGAAGAGGCUGAAGAAUUGUUUAGUUAACAAUGAUGCUGCUAGUGGUUUAGGCAGUUUUAUUUUUCAUAAAGUGGGUGUUGGUAUUCAAAAGGGUGUUGGUGCAUAACUUGUAGCUAGGUUACCAACUCAUCCAUUGUACACAUAAUAAUUUUAUUAAAAAAAAUAU